AAGCAAACGACAAUAAGAAACAAGACAAAGACAUAACACCGCAUUGAGUGUUAAAGCAAAAUUCAGUGGCAUCAUUUUAUGAAUAGUAGUGAAAGCGAUAAAAAAAAUAUGUCCUAGCUAACCACUCUACCUCGAAACCGAUCACAUAUGAUGAUGAUCAAGUAUCGGUCAGUCGCAAUUCGGCGUUCAACGUGAAAACUAGUUUCAAUUCUUAUUUCGAUCGCGUCAAUCGAAUCGAUAUACAGUCAAGUAGUCAAGUUGUUGCAAAAUUUAAUGCUGGAAUUGCGUUUGAUUUUUGUGAAACAUUCAGUUUUAAUUCAACUUUGCAUUUUCGAGCAAAAGUUUUGAAAAAAGUUCGAGUUAUAUAUAAUUCACAAGGUCAAUUUUGAAGUGUUAAUUAUUAACGAACGACAUUCGUACUGCAAAUUCUGCACGUCUUCUGCACAAAACGACGAUCACAAAAGCCAAUAAGUCCGACAGAAUGUAUCACAGUAUCUGAACGAAACUUCGCAAUAGAAAAUCGAAACAAGUUUUUGAUUAAACACUGUCUGUGCCUAUAUUCAAACCUGCCUGAAAAUGUCGAUACCAAUUAGUUCCUAGAGAUUGAAUUCGUUGCUUGCGUUGGCGAUAUGCAGAAUUGACACUGAUAGACGACAAGCGGUUGAUAGAAAACGAACUUUGUGACAUUUAGCUAAUUAUAUAGUAAUAUUUAAGUUUCAAUGGCCGAAACCAAUUGGAAUAUCUUAGCGAUAGCAUUGAUUCUAUCAAUAUGUACCGUAUGGCCAGCAGUGGGCAAGGGUUUUGAUGCCAAUGGCGAGAAGGAUAAUGGAAAAAUACGUGUAUGUUUCGUGGAAGCGCGUGGCACUUAUAAAAAAGCAACGAAAAAUUGCCCCAUUCUAGCAGCAAAGUCGAACAUCGAAUGCGUCAUUGGAACGGAUCGAAUGGAUUGUAUGCGUCGCAUUAACAAAGGAACUGCACAUUUUGGUGUAUUUUCGCCCGAAGAUUUGAUAGCUGCCAAAUGGGCUGGAUCGGAUGUGCUCAUUACGAGUGAAUUACGUUUCAAUGACGAUCCAUUUCAGUUUGAAGUCGUGGCAGUUGUGGCGAACGAUGCGCAUAUAAAUACCAUCCACGAUUUGCGCGGUGCUCGUUUUUGUCAUCCAGGCCAUGGCUUGAAUCGUCAUUGGACUGAAGUUAUGGCAAAUUAUCUUGAAUCGACUAUGGUGGCGCGUGAAUGUGAAGAAGAUCUGUCUCCACUCGAAUCAAAGAUUAAAGCAUCAUCGCGAUUCUUUGGGCCGUCAUGCAAGCCAGGUCCAUGGGUGCCAGAUCCACUUCAAGAUGCAGUUUUGAAAAAACGUUAUCCAUCGUUGUGUGAUGCCUGUUAUAAUCCGGGCACAUGUAGCAAAUCCGAUAAAUAUUGGGGAAGAAUUGGACCGUUGAAUUGUUUAACGAGUGGCGAUGGGCAAGUGGCAUGGGUUCGAUUGGAUGAUGUUCGGAUGCAUUUUGGUAUGACGGGUUUAACUGCCGAAGCCGAUCCAAGUUUAUACAGUUAUUUGUGUCUCGAUGGUCAUUUGCAGCCGCUAACCAAUCCAACACCGUGCGUAUGGACGGCUGAGCCGUGGCCCGCCGUUGCAGCCAAACGAGAAUAUGCACCAAUCGUACAAUUACUGCUAGAGCAUCUCGAUCAUAACGACGAAACCAGUUGGCAAAAUGCGCUGCUCAACAUUUUAGAGACAUAUCAUGUGAAUAUUAAACAAUUAGACAACACGAUUCCCAUAUCGGACUAUCUGGAUCAGGCGGUGGGUUUUACGAGUGCAUACAGUUUUCCAUCGUGUAAUCCGCCGCGAGCAAUCGUCUAUUGUACAACUUCGUUGUUAGAGCACUCGAAAUGUUCGUGGUUGCAAGAGGUGGCCAAUGUUUAUGGCAUCGAACCGAGUUUGCAAUGCAUUCGUGAAAUGAGUUUGGAUCGUUGCAUGGAAAAUGUUGAGCAUCGUGCAUCGGAUGUCGUAUUUGUUGGCGAAAGUGAACGCAUACGCGCCGAACGAUUGCACCAUUUGAAGCCGAUUUUGUAUGAAUUUGCCAAGCAGAAAAUCGAUCGUUACACCGUGGUGGCGGUGGUUAAAAUUAAUUCGGAAAUUUACAAUUUCAGCGACUUAAACAAUAAGCGAGCUUGUUUCCCGAGCUUCGAAGGAUCGGCGUACUUUUCCGUGUUGGAAACAAUUCGGCAUAUGCGCGGUGUUACCAAGGAAGAUAACGAAUCAUAUUCGCCGAACGAAUUAAGUGAUUUCUUUUCAGAGAAUUCAUGUACAUGGGCACCGAACUCAUCGCAAUGCAAAGCCGAGUAUAUGGGUGACGAAGGCGCUCUCAGAUGUCUAACCGACAAUCGAGGCGAUGUAGCUUUCGUUGAUAUGGCCAUUUUUCAACAAUAUAUUGGAUUGACAGCUGCCGUCAAUGGCACAAAACAAUCAAUCAACACGACGCUUGACUACAAAUUGAUUUGUCCGUUCGGAAGGAAUGCAAAACCAGACGAAUACUGUUAUCUACACUGGGCCAGCCGUGGCUACAUAAUGAUCAGUAAUCAAACAAAAACUUUGCGACAAAACGAAAUUUAUAAUACGCUACGUGAUAUGGAUCGAUUGUUUGGCAAAUACUACGAGAGCCACAUAUUACCAUUCUCCAUGUAUGGACCAUUCGAUCGAAAAAAUGAUGUAAUGUUCCACGACCGGACCGAAGCGCUACGAAGCAUUGUUGAAAUGGAAAAAGACCGAACGCCACGUUUUCUCGACGAAACCAUUCGUCAAUACAUGACCGUCGACCAACAGCGAUUAAAAGACACUCAAAACUCAACCACAAUUCACCGAUUAGAUUUAAUGUAUUUGUUUAUAGCCAUUUUUAUGCUGGUUCAUUAUUUUUAAGAUAUCCCCUCUCUGUACUAGUUGUAUAUUUAAAGCAGCGAAAAUGAUUUGAAAUUUAAAGAGAGAAAAAAAAACUCCUCUGAUUUUUAUUAUAUGACAUUCACAAAAAAAAGGUGAAUUAAAGCGUUUGUGAUAAAGAGCACGGUAAAUACCGUUUAUCUUAAUGGGAUGUUUUAUAUUAAGACAGGGAGUACAGCAGCAACAACAACAACCAUAAAGCUAAUUAAAUCAUGAAAUUCCGUUUUACACUU